AUGGGUCAGACCACCUCCACCCAGGCAGGAGUUCAAUUGACACCUCAGUCCUCGGGCAAAUCCAGAAAGAAGCUCCGGUUGCGUAGAGACAAUUUCCCCUCGAUUGUCACCGUUUUAGAUACUCCUACUGAUGAAUGGCCCGUGGAACAAAAUGGACCUCCACCUCAGCCCAUCCCUGCCGUAGACCGCAGCGGGAUGUUUUUGCUGCCGGUGCGGUCCAACGACUCGCAGUUUUCGGCGUCGUCAAUCACCGAGAAUUUCACGUUGAAGGAUCCCUCCGUCGACGCAGCAACAUCCGAGUCGUUCUCACCACUUCUCCUGCUCCCAAUAGAAAUCUUGUACCAAAUCAUCGAGAUCGUCUACUACGACGAUGCUACGAACUCCAUUUCCGCCAACUUGGAGAAAUUCCUGAAAACCAUCCCGGUUCUUCUGAAGACAUUUAACCAGUUGGCUAUUCGGUUUUUGUACAAAUACGCAAUCUUUAAUAGACCUCACUCAUUCGACAAGUUUUUGCGUAACAUCGUCAACCAGCCAGAUAUCGGCCAGUAUGUCGAAUUUAUGGACUUCCAAACGUUCACUUCCAUUGGCUUGGGCCGCACGGGCCGUAUGAACCAAGAAAUCCAGAUGGUCACUGCCCGCACAAUCCAGAUGGCGCUCAGCUUGUGCCCUAAUCUUAUUGAGUUCCAAGCUUCAGAAAAUAUCCAGGACGAUAUGGAUGUCGAGGUUCUUCUGACUCUCUUCAACCACCUACCCAAGGUCCAGGCACUUGACUUCUGUGGUGCUUCUCUGAAGCUGUUCGCACAAGCAUUUAUGGAACUCACUUUUAACGGGCCUGAUCUCGACGAAAUGGACAUGGAAACUUCUCUGGUGCUCAAGGCUAGUCCUCUCGAGCAUCUAUUCAAGAUUUCCUUCCACGACUGUUCUAAUUUGCCUGUACUGGUCUUUGAAAAAUGCCUACCUCAUUUCAUAAACCUCCGGCGCCUUGAUGUCACACACACGACAAUGACUUCCACUGCCCUUCACACAUAUCUCCCUGCAUCAUGUCGCUUGACACACCUUUCUUUGGCACGUUGUUCAAAAUUGACCACCAAGGACCUCAUCCAAUUUCUUACAAAGCAUCCCGCCAUAGUUAAUGGCUCACUUCAAUGGCUUAAUCUUCAGAUUGACUCGAAUGUUGUAUCCCCUCUUAAUGUCCAGUAUUUACUCUUCACUAUGAAUCAUCUCAAUGCUCCUGAUUUGAGAUACCUAAACCUUGGAGGAAUGCCCGUAAACAAACAAAUACUAGACGUCAUCAAGAGCAAAUUCACUAAAUUGGAGAGUUUGGCAGUGCCUCACUCAAAUCUCACAAUGACGGAUUUGCUCCACCUUUUACAGGACAACCAGAGUAUCAAAUUCCUAGAUCUCACGGACUGCAAAGGUUUGGAUCGCCGCAAUCUCGCCGCAUUUCUCAAGAAAUCCUACGAUUCUGGAUUAGAGGCAAUUGAGUUUGAAUACAAGACUCUUUACGAUUUGACCGGAGGCAACCACAUUAGCAUCCAGCCGGUCCAGACCGACUUUUCUGUCCUGAGCACGGGCUCACUUCCACUGGUAUGGAAAUUCUAUGACAAUGAGGGGCGGCGCGCAUGGAUCUACAAAAUUGAUUCGUCAGAUCCAUCGUACGAUGCGAUUGUCGCUGGCCGGCCCACGUCGAAUAGUCACUUGUCCAAUGCAGUCUAUUAUGACUUAGAGACAGGCGCUAAAGUUGAGACUAAAGUUGUCAAGCCAGAGUUCCUCAAAUAUGCAUCUAGGAAGAUCAACUGCUCUGUCGGAUACUAUAACCUCAAUCUCCCCAAGAAGAAGCGGUAUAUCAAUGGUGAGAUUGCCGAGCUGGUUUGGCCAGUGGAGAACAGCCAGCGCGGAAUCUAUAAUUACUACUCCCUUAACGUGAAAUAG